UAAUUGUAAUUUUUAAUUACAAAUGAAUUCUACAAAUUUAGGUUCGAACGACCAAGAUCAAAGACUUUCAAGAGACGAAGCGGCAUCUGUGAGCAACUCAGCUAACGAUACUGGGAAUAAGUCAAAAAGACGCUCAAAGAAAGAUAAUGAUGGAAGAAACUUUAAAUGAGACAAAUGAGACAAAACCUAUCUUUCUUAUCCAGCCUUGUACACUCACACCAAGUUGAAGCACUCCGAUGGGAAUGAUGGAAAACCUGUACUUCCUGUAUUCAGUGGAAGAGGGAGAGGAAGACCCAGAAAGAAUACUCAGAAAAGAAUUGACCCUACUACAGAGGAAUAUUUCAAGAGUGAUGGCAGAGAUGGAGGUCCAACUAACCCUAUCGAUGGAUUUGAAGAAGUUCUAGCAGAUUUUAAGUACACACAAUACACUACCUUCAAGGAAUUUCCAUUGUAUAAAUAUCUCGAGAAGUUUGCCAAAGAUGCAGAGUUUGUUAAGGAUCUUUCUGAAGGUAUCCACAACAAAAAGAGCUCAGAGGUGGAGAAGAAUGGCUCAUCUAAAAAUGGACAUGCUGAAGGAGCUGAUAAUCCAGAAGAGAUGAAAGGGAGUGAAAAUCUAGAUUCAUUGUUUGUUGAUCCAGAAAAUACUACCUAUUUAUCCAGAGACAUUAGUAAUUUGCCAGAAGAAGAGAGAAGUAAACUCAGCUCUGAUGAAGUAUUCUCUAUCUAUCUGUAUGAAAUUUCAAAGAAGGUUAACUCAGAUUAUUAUAAAACAAUGAUGACGUUCAUCAUUGCUUACAGGGAGUGUCUCAACAAAUACGGCUGGGAGAAGAAAUCAGAGAAUGAUGAAGUGCUCAAUCAAAACGGGGCUAGUGAAGAUAUAGAAAAUACCACAAUGAUAACCCCUGCUUCAGAUAUUAUCUUAGCUAAGGCUAGAGAGCUUCGUGAGAAGGCAAAAGGAAGAGAGUUCUCGGUCAUCAAUAACGCUGAGCACGCUCCAGAGAUUUGAAAUGAAUUUGUUACUGUUUUCCUACAAGAAAGAGGAAAGGAUAUUCAGCUAACAAAGAACGAAACUAUUGAUUUGACCAGAAAUAUAUGCCACUGGCUAUUUACUGAGUGCUAUACCUGCUCAAAGGUAUCAAUGAUCAAGAGCUAAGAUGAAACUUUGUUGAAUAAGUUAUUUC